UCGCCUACCUGCAUGAAAGAUAGAACUACCACACAGUUCCAAAUUCAUCUUUCCUACUACUUCUCAGCCUUCACUCUCGUCACUCAUCAAUUCCUCAUCAUGGCCGUCACUGAGAUCGCCCACCUCUCCCUCCUCAACACCUCCCUCAAAGACUCGCAGCUCCGCCAAAAGCUCAAACAGGCACAGCAAAGUAUGCAAGCUUACACCGGACGAACCUUCUAUCUCAUGCGUCGGCCUCUCAGCAACUCAGUCGUCUACAUAAUCGGCGAGUGGGAUUCGGUAGACCAUCACAAGGAAUGGCUAGUCACGGACGAAAACCAGCGUCUUCUACAGUUGCUGAAGGACGAUGUCGAGGUGGAUUGGAUGAUCCACAUCGAUGCACCUCACGAGGCCUUACCGCUACCGAAAUCGCUUGGACAUGUGCAUGGGGGCGACGAAUCUGCGGUUAUCUAUAGUUUUGACAAACAUGCUGUUGUUGAGGGGGAAAAGCAUAAAUACGAAGAAUUUCUCAACUCCCGCAAAGAGAGCUACGAAGGUUCUGCAGGGAAGGUAGAUGGAGCCACCGUAGGUAGUGGAUGGGUAAUCGAGAAAGCGAAUAGCGGGAGAGAUACGUUUUUUGUAUUGGCGGCUUGGAAAAGCUUGGAUACGCAUAAAGCUUGGCAUGAUGGAAUAGUAUAUUCAGAACACAGUGCGGCGGUAGACGACAGCGGUUUCUUGUUGUUGCUCAGCGAUCGGAUCGAAGAGUUUGUUGUCUGAAUUGAGAAAGUCACGUGGUAUUGGUAGAGUGGACCCAGAGGUUGCCAGAGAUGUAGUCAAGUUCGCUGUUUUCCAGGCUCUCGACUGCAAGUUGUAGCUGAUGUUGUAUCAAGGAGUCGAUCUUUGUGAGUCAUCUGCGAAGUAAGCUUGCGCCCUAUGGGAACUGAGGUGGGGUAUCUAAAUCCUCCAUUUCCUUCAUCUCUCGUACGACCCAAGUACAACCAGAUAUCUAAACUACAAAGGCCAACGACUCCUCAUAAACGCUCAACAGUCCAACAGAGUUGAAACGCCUACAGCAAAUAAUACAAGAAACCAAAGAGAUCAAACCUUCUUCGGCAUCUUCCUAACAACCCCACCCCUGUCCCGACCAUCUCCC